AUGCUUCGUAUCCAGCAGGAAGUAACAUCAUCAGCGGCAUCAGACGAAGUAGUUCCUCUAAAACAAAUACCUGUUGAUGCACAACUCCUUUCGUUUGUCGCCGAUGCACUAAUAACACAGAUAUUUCAAAACGAUGAAUCUGUACCAGUUGAAGCCGUUUAUUGGUUUCCUGUCGAAGAAAAUGCAGCUAUUUAUGGUUUCGCAGCUCGUAUAGAUGACGAACAUGAAAUUGUUGCUUAA